UGCUCAUAAAACCACAGGGCGCUUUAGGUGAUAAAGCUUCGGAAGCCCGGUGGCAAACUCUACUAUAGCAGGCUCUUGCGCAUUCUCGAAGGGCAUCGUAUGAUUGUCGGGCGUGGCUGAGCUACGAUCUGUCAUGAUAUUUGAUCAGGCACCCCUCGAUUUAUGUUCAGUCUCAUGAGCGUUAUCGCAGGCAACCCGACGACGCCGAACGACUACGACGCCUCAGCUCCAGAUUCGCGUAUACCGGCUUUGGUGACAGUUGGCGUCGUCGUCGUCGUCGUAGCCCUCGUGCUCUCCAUUCUCUGUCUGGUGAAAUUACAGAGCCAUAAUCAGCCUCAGAGAGACGUUGAGAGAGCAAAAAGGAAAUUGAAGGAGACAAUCGACCUGCGAAUGCUAAAUGAUGCAAGCCCCUCACAAAAGUACGAGCAGAUUCAGGGGUUUAAGAGGGAGGCUGCUGUGGCUUCAACCCAGUCCAGCGCAGCUGAAGUCUGUGCAAUCUGCCUCGAAGUCCUAGUGGAUGUGGACAGCGUCCGACGAUUGAAAUGCAACCAUCUGUUUCACACGACUUGCAUCGACUCUUGGCUCAAAAACCGUCAUGUCGAUUGCCCAUUAUGCAAGUCAAUAUUUAUUCCAACAGAGGCGUAACGGGCUGAGCGGUAAUGACCUCGGGGCAAAGGCCCUCGUCCAGGCAAACUCCCGGCUACUUCUUCUAUCUUCCUCAUCAGAGUCUUCUUUGUACAUCAGGUCCCAUUUGGUAGCAAUGCAAGUCGGUUCC